AUGCCGACCUGCUCCCUGCUCCUGGACACCUACAUCAACACUUUCGAGUCGGUAUUACGAAUAUUACACGUUCCAACAUUUACGCGCGAGUACGAGCGAUUCUGGAGAAGCCCUGCUUCACAGACGGUGGACGAGGACGAGCCAUUUGCGUGUAAGUUGAUGAUCGCCAUGGCGCUCGGAUCCUGCGUUUGUCUAAGCCGCUCCGUUGACGACUUGGAACGGGUGCAGGGUACUUCGCUGCGAUACCAGUCCAACGGCUGGAUUUCCUAUGGGAAACAAUGGCUUGCGCGCAGGAUGUUUUCAGGCUCGCGUGCGGAUUUGGACAUGGCCCAGAUUAUGUGUCUCCUCGCGCUGGCGCGACAUACACACCACCACACGCUUCCAACUGGCUCUGGAUGGUUUCCUGGAGAUCAUGACCUGACGCGUGUGGGCAUCCAGAUGGGUUUGCAUCGAGAACCGCGCAUCUGCUUCCCAAACAUGUCAGUUCAGGAAGCUGAGAUUCGCCGACGGCUGUGGGCGACCAUGCUCGAGCUGUCACUGCAGCGGUGCUUUGACGAAUGGCUGCCCGCUCCUCUCUCGCCAGAGAGCUAUGAUUGCGCACCGCCUUCCAGCAUCACAGAUGAGGACCUAGAAUUAGGCAUUAUGAACACAUGCGCAUCUUCGACCUCAGCACUGCUUCCGAAUAACCCCCCGGUGGCAUUCCCCCCGGCGGUCGAGGGCCAUAGCGUGGAGACCAGUUCCGAUCUCAACUUGGUCGGGACUGAUGCGUGUGCGGCUCUAUGUACUCAGGGCCACGGCCACUUCGCCCUUGUUCAGCGUCAGGCUACGGCAUCGUUAUGUCUGAACUUGAUUAGUGAACUGGAGGAGAAGGCUUUCCCCGUUACAGACGACGCGGGUUGGCGGCAGCUACGCGAUGCUGUAAUGAGUGCCAUCGAAAUGUUCGAGCGUCGCGUUCGGGCAGCCGGUGGAGCACAUUCAACGCAUGAAUUUCUGUUCUUUGCGUGCGCGGGUGCAUAUAUCGAGGCCAUCCUGCGUGGAUGUCGGUCACGAGACGCCGACGAGGCGAUCGCCGAGACAGCGCGGACAGCGCUGGGUGUGUGUUGUGAGGUGAUGGAACGCCGACGGAGGACGGGCCGAACUGGGAGGGAGAACGAGGACGAGGAAGAUGUGCAGAUGUGGGUGCACAGUGACAGCGAAGAUGGCCCAGGAAGUGACGAAGAUGUGGUUUGAAGCUUGAGUGUUCAAAUCACUGAAACAUUCUCAAGAUUACCUGGAACAUCCGAAGCUCCCCAAUAACCCGCCACU